CGCACACGCCUUGAAAAACUUGACAUGUUUGUGGACAGAUAUACAUCUAAUAGGCUCGUUAUACUAACAAAAUCGUUUGACCAUUGACUUUCUAUUGAACUCAUUGCGAUAAAGAGACAGAAGGAAUUCGGACCAGAAGAUAGGUCUAAAUUUACAGUGUCUAUUCCUGCGUUUUCUAAUGCCAACCACUGGCGAUAUUCGGAACAAGAUCGCUCGUCAAGAUACGAAAAUGAGCUUUUCGCUGACCGAACCACAGUGGUCCGCCUGGUGCGCCGCCUUCUACGAGUCUUCGCUGAAUCGUCUGGCCCAGAAUGUGUGCACCGCCCGGGAUCCCAUCGCCGUGUGUCUGCGAUCGGAGGCGGACUUGGGCUCCGAACCGUCGGGGGUGAAAGCCUGGCAAGAGAUCGGACCACAGGGCAAGGCCACCACCGGAGGUCCUGGAUGGAUUUGCACGGGCCUGGACCUGCUGCGGCAGGAGAUGGACAGGAAGCUGCCGCUGCCACUGGACUUUGAACUCUCCGCUGCACAUCUGUUUUUCUGGCACAAGUUGGAGCGCUGCAACUACUUCCUGUGGACGGUGGCCGAUCUUCUGAUGCGCUGCGAGCCGCUGGAUGGGCGCUGCUUUCGGAAUUUCAUGAAGAACGCAGUUCCAGACGGCGGCAACUGGCAGAUGUUCGUCAAUCUGGUCAGGAAAUACGGCGUUAUGCCCAAGAAGUGUUACCUCUCCACUCAGCGAACUCAGAGAAUGAACCUCAUACUCAAGAGUAAGCUCCGUGAAUAUGCUAGCAUGCUGCAUGCCCAGUUCACCUUCAAUGGAGACGGCUGCCAUCUUCCAGAUCUCAUUCAAGCCAUGAUACCGCACCUCUUCAACGUAAUAUGCAUCUGCCUGGGCGAGCCUCCCAAGGUUUUCACCUGGUGCUUCUACGACCACAAGAAGCGCUACCAGUGCCUGAAGGACCUGACAUCGGUACAUUUUUACGAGGUUAUGGUGGCGUGUACGGUCAAACUGGACGCCUUUGUCUGUCUGGGUCACGAUCCGCGAAACUCAUCGAGCUACCAGAGCAACUACCAGGUCAGCCACAGCUCGAAUAUGAUGGGCGGAGAACCGCAUAGGUAUAACAACCAGUCCAUGGACGUCAUCAUGCAGAUCAUAGUGGAUUCUCUGGAGGGCGAUAAACCCGUUUGGUUGGCCUGCGACCUUCGUAGGGCAAUCAGUUCAAAGUCCGCGGCAUUCAGUCUGACAUCCCAUAAAUUUGAUCUGAUAUUCGGCUUCCAUGUGGGUGGGUCACUCACCAAAGCAGAGAGACUCAAGUACAAGGAUUCCCGACGGGAUGCAGCCCUGCUGCUCACAUCUGUGGGAUUGGACUCCAUGAAACAGCCCGUACAGUUUCGCACCAUUAAUGCUUCUGCGGUGGGCGAGUCCUCAUCCAGCGGGAGUCUUACUGAACAGGAUAGGGACCUGAGGGAUACGGAGGCAUUAAAGAAGAAGUCGGCCAAGAGCCAGGGUAACAAAUUGGACGCCGAAUGGUUAAGGGAGUACGCCUUCGAGGUGGUGGUCCACGAGAAAUUUGUCCCACCGGGUGUUUUACAUGCCGCCAGGAUACCCAAAUGGAAGGAGCUGCCCGCCUGGGAUCCCAUGGGCGCAUUGCUUAAUUAAAA